GCGCGCGAAAAGACAUAAGGAAAAUUAUAUGAAAUUAAUAGUUUAAAGACUUUUUCUGUGACUAAAAGAGUUCAAAAUAAUAUUGUUAAUAUUCAGGAAAUAAGCUGAAGCUACCGAGGAUAAUGGAAAGAGAGCAAUUUGAUGAAAUUUGCUCGAAACUUAACAUUGACGAAUAUACAAAGUCAAGUGCUAUCAAACAAUUCACAGAAAUAACCAAAACUACUAUCCUUGAGGGUAAUCAACAAGAAUGGUUCUGCUGUGCAUUGUGGAGUACUUGUAACCGAACAACAAUUCCAACAGUUGGCAAUGCUUUCGUUCAUGGAAAUGGUGUAUCAUUUGCAAAGCUUAUUCAAGUCUGUAACUUAUCGAUUUAUUCAUUUUUUGAGAAGAUCGAAACAUGGUUUAAGGUAUCAUCAGUGCCGAAUUUCAUGCAUCAAAAAAUAGAAAACUUAAAGAGGAGCUUCAAUGUAUCUCAAUUAAUUUAUCGAGAAUAUAGUGAGAUGUUUGCUAAAGUUUUCAAUUGCAACGAUGCAGCUGAAAUUGAUGACUCAAAAUCAACGAAGAGUCGAAAGAAGUUUAAGAAUGUUCCAUAUACAUCGCAAAAAUUAUUUGAAGCAUGCUGGUCACUUUUUGUCUGUGUCAAAGGAGAAGUUCCUGAUCGUGGCACUGAUCUAGUGACUUCAAUCAAUUUAUUAUUGUGCUGCUUGGAUCUCAUAUUCACCAAUGUAGUUCACGACACCCGCCGAGAUUUGAUUAAUAAAUCUUUCACUGGUCUCCCUAGAAACUUCUUCUCACCAUCAUGGGACGAAAGCAAUAAUAAAAGCAUCAGUAUGAUUGAGAAGCUUAGUGAUCGUCAUUCGUUUGAUGACAUAAUGAAAAUCAAGAAUACGCGAUGGGACAUUGUGAUUAGACGACUCUUCUCUGAGAAGAAGCUGCAAGGCGAUACGAGCUCAAUAAUUUCUGUUGAAAAUUUUGAGGCGAACUUUAAGAAGGUCAACGAUCUUUACGAGACUUACAUUCUGAGCUGUGGACAAUUUGACGAGAGAGUUUUCUUGUAUCAUCCUGAAAUUGGGUCAAAGUUUUUUGGAAAAACUUUAACUGUCGGCCAACCAAACUCUCAGGAAGAACGUCACGAAGGUAUUCGUAAUCAAAUGACUUCAAGUUUGAUGCCGCAAACGCCUUUAAGUGGUCAAGACUUUUCACAUCAAUCGGGCAGCAAAUUGUCGCCAAUGUCCAGUUACAAGCAAAAUGUACAGAAACUUCAAGCACUUUACAGUGGACAACGUAACACUCUCGAAUCACUUAAAGGACUCCUUGCAUCAUGUCCUGACAAUAUUUUCGAUUCACUUGAUAAACGUUUACGAAAUAUGGAAAAAAUAUUCUGCACAAAGAUAAAGGAAAAUGGACGAGAUCGUUUUCAAUAUGCUGAAGCUCUCUAUUAUCGACUUCUUGAGAGUAUCAUUAAAUCUGAACUUCGGACUCAUGGACGGUUCGAUCUUUUCAUUGAUGAUGAAGAUUUUAAUCAAGCAUUGAUUGUUUUAUGUCUUGAAAUUGUUCUCUUCACAUUUUCACUGCACAAAGAGUUGACAACAUUGUUGGAUCAUUUCAAUUUGGAGCCUUUUCAUUUCUAUAAGCUUAUUGAGGUUGCCAUUCGUAACAAUAAAGAUUACUUCACAAAUGACAUCAUUAAACAUCUGAAAGCGAUUGAAGAACAAUGUUUGGAUUCAUUAGCUUGGACUUCUGGCUCAGUUUUAUGGGAGAAAAUUAAAGAUCAUAAAGGAAAAUUACCAACAAGUCAGGAAGUUGAUUUACCGCCACAAGCAUCUCAAAAUGGAAGUUCACAAGGAAGUCCCAACAGUCAAAAAACAAAUUCCAGCCAAUCACCAAAGAGUCUAAGACUCUUUUUGCGUAAAUUCUAUCAACUGGCACAUUUACGUUUGAUGGAUUUAGUCAAGAACUUGAUGUUUACUAACAAUUCUGAUCUUUUGAGAAAGAUUUGGACGUUGUUUGAAUAUGCUGUCAUUGAUCAUACGACAUUGAUGAAAGAUCGUCAUUUGGAUCAGAUAAUAAUGUGUUGUGUUUAUGUAUUGUGCAAGAUAAGAGCUGAUGAGAAUCGACACACAUUUGCUGACAUCAUGAAAUUCUAUCGUAAUCAACCUCAAGCUGAUAGUCACAUUUAUCGUAGUGUCUUCAUUGAAUAUAUUCAACCGGAAACUACCGCUGAGCGUAAUGAUAAAGAUCAAGGAAAUGCAGCUAGAAAUGCAGCCGAGCCGGAUGUUGUAAGUGGACGUAACACAAUUUAUGGAACGGAACUUCGUGGCGAUAUUAUCUGCUUUUACAACAAAGUUUUUGUUCCUAAAAUGCAAACCUUCGCCAUGCGAUUUUCAACUAGUUCAUCACAAAGUAAUUUGUUGCUUUCGCCACUGCCAACUACACGACCAUUAAUUUCUCCAAGGAAAAUCUCACCGUAUCAUGAUGUUUAUGUACAACCACUAACUAAGCAAUGCGUCUUGUCACCAUCUGCACACACUUUGACGUUCACAAUCGAACAGAGUCCAUUGAAGGAUCUUCAAAAAAUAAAUUCAAUGAUUAACCAGAGUCGUAAGUUGAGUGUCACAAAGCGAAUCAACAUUGAUCCCGAUCCGGCAUAUCCGGCGAAGAAAGUUUCAAAAGACUCUUCAUUACAGCUUUUGAUCUCUGAUCGUGAAGAAUUUAGCAACUAAAAAACUCAUCUUAAUUUAAUUUCUGAUGAUGAUAAAAUGAGAAGAAACAAAAAAAAAUUGAUAAUCAUUUUUUUACAAUUCACUUGCUUCAGUUUAACUCCACGCAAUAUUAAUAACUUUAAAUGACUAGAUUUUUUUUAUAACUUAAGAAAUGAAUUCAAAUUAAGACUUUACAUCAUAUUCAUGUUGAUUCUUUAAGUUCAUUCUCACAAAAUCAGAUAAUUUUCAAAACUUCUUUUUUAAUUAAUUAAAUAAUUGUAGUUUUUAGUGGAGUAGAAAGAAAAUCACUGAAUUGGCUUAGAAUCGUCAUUGAAUUGAAAUUCUUAUCUUCAUACUUCAUUGUGAUGUUCUUCUGAUUUAUUUUUUUUUCUUUGUUAAAAUAUAAUUUUACGAUUCUCGCAAGAAAUGAACUGCAUGAUGAAUUUCAUUCAUAUUAAAAUAAAUCAUUCUUAUCGUAUAUCUAAUUCACAAUAAAUAAAUAUCUAUUAUAUAUUAUCUAAUCGAA